AUGUCGAAAGACCCGCAGACCCUCUACGCCGUGGAGGAUGGCGUGGCCGUCAUCACGCUCAGCUUCCCGCCCAUGAAUGCCCUGCAUCCAAAGGUUCUUGGCAGCCUGUUCGACAACGUUCGACGUGCUCAUGCUGACCCUUCAGCCAAAGCCAUUGUUAUCACGGGUGCCAACGGUCGUUUCUGCGCCGGCUUCGACAUCAAUCAGUUCCAGGACAAGUCACGCUCCGGGGGCGGCAUCGAUAUGUCCAUUAACACCGCGUUCGUGGAGCUGGUGGAGACGGGGCCCAAGCCGACGGUGGCGGCCAUCGAGAAGCUGGCGCUGGGCGGCGGGUGCGAGCUGGCGCUGGCCUGCAACGCGCGCGUGGCCGCCCCCGGCACCAUCAUGGGCCUGCCCGAGCUGACCCUAGGCAUCCUGCCCGGCUUCGGCGGCACCCAGCGCCUGCCGCGCGUGGUGGGGCUGGAGAAGGCGCUGUCCAUGAUCCUGACCUCCAAGCCCAUCAAGGACCCGGAGGCUCUGUCUCUGGGCCUGCUGGACGCAGUGGUCCCGCCGCGUGAGCUGCUGGCGACGGCGCGGAAGCUGGCGCUGGACCUGGCCUCGGGCGCGCGCACGCGCCGCUUCGCGCUGCAGCGCACCGACCGCCUGCCCGCCUUCCGCGAGGCGCUGGCCACGCUGGAGUUCGCGCGCGCGCAGACGCGGCGCCGCGCGCCCAACCUGACGCACCCGCUCCUGGCGCUGGAUGCGGCCUUUGCCGCCGCGGCGGCGCUGCCCACGCAUGGCGCGCUGGUGCACGUCUUCUUCGCGCAGCGCUCCACCAAGCGCGUGCGCGGGGUGACGGACGUGGGCCUGGCGCCGCGCGGGCUGCGCCGCCUGGCGGUGCUGGGGGGCGGGCUGAUGGGGUCGGGCAUCGCCACCGCGAGCGCGCUGGCGGGCAUCGAGGUCCUGCUCAAGGAGAUCAACCAGGGGUUCCUGGACGCGGGCCUGGCGCGCAUCCGCGCCAACCUGGCCUCCGGGGUCAAGCGCGGCAGCCUGAAGCAGGCGGCCGCCGACGCGGCGCUGGCGCGGGUGACGGGCACCCUGACCUACGACGAGUUUGGAUCGGUGGACAUGGUGAUCGAGGCCGCCAUCGAGCAGGUGGAGCUGAAGCAGAGGAUCUUUGCGGACCUGGAGCGUGUCACGCGCCCUGCCUGCAUCCUGGCCACCAACACCAGCACCAUCGACAUCAAGGUGGUGGGCGCCAAGACCCGAAGCCAGGACCGCAUCAUUGGCGCGCACUUCUUCUCCCCCGCCCACAUCAUGCCGCUGCUGGAGAUCGUGCGCUCCGACGUCACCUCCCCCCAGGUGAUCCUGGACACGCUGGACUACGGGUCGCGCAUCAAGAAGACGCCCGUGGUGGUGGGCAACUGCACAGGGUUUGCGGUCAACCGCGUCUUCUUCCCAUACUCCAUGGCCGCGGCCAUGCUGGUGGACUCGGGGCUGGACCCGUACCGCGUGGAUGCCGCCGUUGCCGCCUUUGGCAUGCCCAUGGGGCCCUUCCGCCUCGGCGACCUCGUCGGCUUGGACGUCAGCCUGUUCGUGGGCAAGUCCUACCUGGAGGCCUUCCCGGAGCGCAUCUACCGCUCCGCCCUGGUCCCGCUGCUCAACGAGGCGGGGCGCCUGGGCGAGAAGGCCAAGAAGGGGUGGUACGUGUUUGACGACAAGCGCAAGGCGCGCCCCGACCCUGCCCUGGCAGAGAUCGUCCUCGAGUCGCGCAAGAGGUCGGGGCUGUCUGGGAAUGCCGCUUUUGCGGCCAAGCUGAGCGACCAGGACAUCGCCGAGUUCGUCUUCUUCCCGGUCAUCAAUGAAGCAUGCCGUGUCGUCGCAGAAGGCAUCGUGGACAAGCCCGCAGAUCUGGACGUCGCCACCGUCAUGUCCAUGGGCUUCCCAGCCUACCGGGGCGGAGUUGUCUUUUACGGCGACAUCGUCGGCGCAGACUACGUCGUGCGUCGCCUGAAGCAGUGGGCAACGCAGUACAAGGCACAGGCUGGCUUCUUCGAGCCGUGCGAGUACCUGCUGGCGGCUGCCAAGUCGGGCCGCAAGCUGUCGGCGGGCAACGCCACGCAGUCCAAGAUCUGA